AUGCCUCGGCACGGGCAGGGACAGGGCCAGCUCAUGGGGCCAGGUCCCGCCACGACGUCGGCGGGUCGCUCGACCGUGCUCCUCUUCGUCAGCGACUCGCACUUUCAGCUUUCCGAGGAGGUCGAGGCCUCAACAGCAAUGCCUUCCGCCGACAUGAGCGCGACGACGACGCUCUCGCAAUACCUCCUCGACCGCCUCCACCAGCUCGGCGUCAACACGAUCUUUGGCGUGCCGGGCGACUUUACCCUGAGCCUCAACGACGUGAUCGAGGCGGACCCUCGCAUCAUGUGGACCGGCUGCUGCAACGAGCUGAACGCGUCCUACGCCGCCGAUGGCUACGCCCGGGUCAAGCAGGCGCAGCUCAACCGCACGCCCGACCCGCAGACGGGCAAGAUUGCCGGCGGCGUGCGAGGCAUGGCAGCGAUCGUCUCGACUUUCGGCGUCGGCGAGUUGUCGUGCGUCAACGGCAUCGCCGGCUCGUACGCCGAGCGCAUCCCUGUCCUGUCGAUCGUCGGUGCGCCGAGCACCAAGUUGCAGAAGGGUCACGUCCUCAUCCACCACCACCUGGGCGACGUCGGCGGUCGGUUCGACAUCUUCAAGGACGCGACGGCCGGCAUGACCUGCGCGCAAGCCUACCUCACGUCGGCCGACAACGCCGCCGAGGAGAUCGACCGCGUCCUGCUCGCCAUGCUCAAGACGGCUCGUCCCGGCUACGUCACGAUCCCGACCGACCUCGUGUACGCCAAGGUCGACGCGUCACGCGUGCGCACGCCGCUCCUCCCGCUCGCCGACCCGCUCGACGAGCGCAUGCCCAACGGCAAGAUGCUCAAGCACGAGACGCAGGACCGCCUCGACUUUGUCGUGAGCGAGAUCGAGCGCCUGUGGGAGACGGCCAAGGACCCGAUCGUGCUCGUCGACGCGUGCGCAAUCCGCUUCGGCGUCGGCCACCUCGUCGAGGAACUGGUCAAGGCGACGGGCGUGAGGUGGUACACAAGUCCGAUGGGCCGCACCGUCAUGGACGAGGACUCGGAGAACGGCUUCGGCGGCGUCUACAUCGCCCAGCUUUCGGACGACGACUUGCGCGACGCUGUCGAGAAGACGGACUUGGCCAUCAUGGUCGGCGCGAUCCGCAGCGACUUGAACACCGGCCUCUGGUCGACCCGGAUCAAGACCAAGAACAUCGUCGAGCUGCAUUCAUCCUGUACCUCCGUCCAGUACGCCGAGUACGACGCCAUCUCGUUCCAGCUCCUCUUGCCCGUCCUCGCCAAGACGCUCAAGCGCAAGACGACGCCGCCUCCCGAACGCCCUCUCGCCGUCGCCCGACCCAUCGCCCCUGUCGGCGAGCCGAGCGAGCCCGUUACCAACGCCUUGCUGUGGCCGCUCGUCGGCAACUUCCUGCGCGAGAACGACAUCGUCGUCGCCGAGGUCGGGUGCAGCUCGUUCGGCCUCCUCACGACGCCCUUGCCCAAGGGCGCGACCCUCGUCAGUCAAACCUUGUGGUCCUCGAUCGGCUGGAGCGUAGGCGCCACGCUCGGCGCACUGCUCGCCGCGCAAGAGUCGCCCGUUCCGCGGCGGGUCCUCCUGUUCGUCGGCGACGGCUCGAUGCAGCUCACGGUCCAGGAGGUCGCCACCAUGGUUCGGUACGGCCUCAAGCCGACGAUCGUCCUGCUCAACAACGCUGGGUACACCAUCGAGCGCUUCAUCAACGGACCGACCGCGCAGUACAACGACAUCUCGCUGUGGGACUGGUCCAAGGUCCUCCCGCUCUUCACCCCUCCCGCCGCUUCCACCUCGUCGCCCGUCAAGCCCGGGCGCUUCUUCUCGGCGUCGACGCGAGGCGAGCUCGAGGCGAUCCUUGCAGACGACGACUUUAUCGCGGCCGACCGGGUCCAGAUGCUCGAGGUCAAGUGCGACCGGCUCGACGCCCCGAAGGCGCUCCUCAAGCUCGGCGAGGUGACUCGCAGGAUCAACUCGGCCUGA